AUGACUACUAGAUUGUAUAUUGAAGAUUUAAAGAAAAAUCAUUAUCAAAAAACUGCACAAAUGAUAAAUCUAAAAACUAUUACCACUACUCAGUUAAGUAAAUGUAGCUAUAAUUUUAGUAGCGUAAGAUUUGACAAUUGGGGUAUUAGUUCUAAAAAUAGAAAACUAUAUCAAUCUUAUCUUGUUUCUGACUCUAAAAAUAAAGAUAAUGAUGAUGCUAAAUCCCUAAUGCAAAAGGCAAAAAUAGAUAAAUAG